UUGUCAAGUAUCCUCCUGGUGGAGCCAACACAGCACACUACUCUGCCUUCCUCUCACUCAUUUCUGCAUGUUAUCAAAACCAGAGAAGCAGAAUGCAAACUGAUACCGACGAGGAAGAGCGCAUUAUGUAUCUCAUCUUAGUGACGUCAUUGACAAACAUUAUGCCAGUGAGGAGAGUAAAAGCAAAGGAGUCGUACAGCAAGCGCUUAUAGUCCUUAAAUGAAAAAUAACGCCAUACUUUAGCCUCAUGAGAAAUUAUUAAUUGCAGUGUUGAUGCCUCAUCGCCUUGCCUGUGCUAUUUGUGCUUAAUCUAGGUCAAAGAUAAGUACUAUAGUCACACGUCAGGCAAGGGUGUAGAGUGAUUUUAAGAGAUGUACAUAUUAUAACAAACAUCUCCAGGUUAAAGAAUAUUGAGAUAAGAAGUCCGAUUUGGAGAGGUGUGCUACCCGAGAGGUGUAUGGGAGCAGAAUGAGGGCCCUAGCAUAGAGGAUCUAGAAAAUUGCAAGUAGAAAUGCUAGCUCUCCAAAUAUCAUUUCCUGACAAGAGGUUCAACUGACCAAUGGCAGUGCUCGGGGGGCGGGGCUAAACAGUGACGUCACGACUACUGUGCGCAUGCGUCUUCUGAGGCUGAGCAUCCUUUAAUAUUGGAAACUUUUCUGUGGAUAAUGUCUGUAAUAUUUGCCAGUGAGAAGAGUGCCAUUAUUGACCAUGAAUCCUGGAUAGUGCAGUUAAUAAGGAGACAUAAAUUUGCUUUACAUGAACAUGAAUUUUCAGAACAUAAAAGGAUAAAAUUUCAAGAUUUAUUUGAUCUUCGAACACCAUAUAUGAUGGAUGCUCAAGCAGAGAAAGUAGCCAGACAACUUGAAGAAGAUGGUAACUUUACUGCAGAACCAAAGAGGAAGAAGAAAAAGAAUGAACUUGUGGUACUAAAUAAAGAAGAGAACGAGGAAGUGAAGCACAUCCUGCAAGUGUUCAUGUCUCUUCAGUUAAGACCAGAGUUUAAACAAAAUUUUCAGUUUAUUCCAAAAGCUGAUGAUUAUAGAAAUAAUAAUCAGCAAAUACGAGAGCUCAGAAAAAGAUUUACAGAAGCAUCCAACACAGUAUUGCCACAGCUGGACCAACAUUACGAUGGCAGUGCAUUUGAUGUUACAGUGGUGAAUGGCAUCAAGUAUAUACUGCCUCCUAAUGUCUGCUAUGUUUGUGACAAUGUUACUGCUAUCAUGUCACACUUUUCAGAAUUUAAGUUUGACUUGGUUGUAAUGGAUCCUCCAUGGCAGAACAAGUAUGUCAGGAGACGGACCCAUAACCAUGGAAGUCAUCAUGGAUAUGAUAUGUUGACUGUGGGAGAGAUCCUUCAAUUUCCAGUAGGUGAUCUACUGAAUGAUGGAGCUCUCCUGAUGAUCUGGUGCACCAACAAUAGCUCUCUUUUACAAGAACUUCUCCAAGGAUUAAGUGGUUGGAAUGUGGAACUUGCUGCAACAUGGUAUUGGCUCAAGGUAACUAAAGCUGGAGAACUUAUCACACCACUGGAAGGAGUGACUCAUUCUAAACGUCCGUAUGAACGCAUUUUACUGACCAGAAAGAUUAAACAUAAAAUGGUUUUUCAAAAUAUUCCUGAUGGUUUAGUAUUUUGCAGUGUUCCGUGUGGGAUACAUUCUCACAAACCCCCUCUUCAAGAACUUGUAAAAGAAUAUGUGGUACAACAGCCACGAUGUCUGGAACUGUUUGCACGAAGUUUAGCACCUGGGUGGACAUCGUAUGGCUUUGAGGUGUUGCGUUUACAGCAUUCUUUUCUCUAUGAGAAUUCAGAGCAAGAUGGAUGAAGCAUGAUUUAAUCAAAUUUGUAUAGUCAUUACAUGGUUUUAUAAAUUUUGACUUUUUAUUACAUUCACAGGGGGCACUAAGCCCAUAUGGGUCAUGCAGUGCCUGGGCAAAGAAAAGCAUUUAAUGCUGUUUCGCUAAUUGUUUUUCCCUUAUAACACAUUGGCCAUAUCCUUCUGAGGUAGAGCGACCCAAAAAAGAAAAAUGUUCACCAUCGUCAUACCAAAAGGGUGCUGACAACAGUUCAAAUGACUGCAGGUUGACAUACCCACACCUCCUUCAGGAGUCCAGACACCUUACAGCUCAUUUCCAGAACUCGAGUCCAUUAACCCCCUUCACAAAUGUUACUUUGCUCACAAUCAUAAAAACUGUGCCUUCCUUUACUAACACAUUCACACAAGCCUGCUGGAUGUCUAAGCCCAUAGCACUCAAAAUUAUUUACCCAUGCUUUCUCUCCAACCCUUCCAGGGGUGACCCUGUCCUCCUUUCCUUCCCAGAUUGGUAUACUCUCAUCCUUUUUUUACUCCAGCCUCUCAAUAUCCAAGCCAUCUCAACCCCUCCUCUACUCUGAAUGAUACUCGGUAAUACCACACCAAAUCUCCACGUUUCAAAUUCUCUCAAUUUUCACCACACAUUGCCCUCAAAAACAUCUCUACUGCUUCCAACUGCCUCCUUGCUACAACAUUCAAAACCUGUUACACACCCAUAUAACAGUGUUGGUACAACUGUACUCCAGUACAUUACCCUUUUUUGCUUCUAUAGUUUUUUUUUCAGAUGCCUCGGUGCACCACCCACGUGUUCCCCUCAUCAGUUCUGUGGUUGAUCACAACUUUCAUACUCAUUUGCUAACAAGCUCGCUCACUCACUCCCAAAUAUAUAAGCACUUUUUCCACAUUACAAUCUGAUAUCCAGCCUUUUAUUUCCUAUAUUUUUUGUUACUCUCAUUACCUUACUUUUUCCUACAUUCACUUGUAAUUUCCUUUUACAUACCCUCAUAAAUUUGUCUACUAACCUUUGCAACUAUCAGUAUCCCCAUGGGUUAAAUGCUUCUUUUCUUGAUUGGGAAGUAUUCUAGUUCGAUCCAAAGGGAACGGUAAAUCCAGUUAAGAUCAAGAGCUGCUCACUGGCAUCAAGGCACUACUACCUCUUGAGGGGUGUUUGUAGAAUGUGCUGUAUCAUGUAAAAUACUGAAGAGAAAUACACAAAUUGCAGUAAUUUCUUUGAGCAUUACUAUUAUUAUUAUUAAUCAAGGGGAAACGCUAAACCCAUAGGAUUAUACACCGCCUUGGGGGGGGGGGGGGAAUGUGGAAGGCAUUCAGGCUUAAUUCGGGGAACUGGAGCACAGAUCCAAUUCCCUAAAUCAAGAGCCCCUCACCAACAUCAAGGAACCUUCCCUGAGGGGUGAGCAUUACUAAAAAAUUGGGUUUUGGCCACCUUCCCCACUAUUCUCUCAUGAGGUUGGGGAAGACUUGAGGAAUUAUACCAUUCUUCCCUUUACUUGGAUUGUACCUGAUUGCCUUCUAUUCUUCAAGCAUUUUAUUACCCUUAUGGGUUUAUUAUUAUAAUCAAAAAGAAGCGCUAAGCCACAAGGGCUAUACAGCGCUGCAGGGUAGGAAGGAAGCGAGGGCAUCAGGUGGCAAAAGGGAGAUGGAUGAGUAAUAGGUUAUGGAUAACAGCGGGGCAGUGGAUGGUGAAAGGGUAAAGGGCAGCAAGAGACUGAACUAGAAAGGGCUGAGGGGAGUGCAAAAGGUAUCAUCAUCAGAGUUUGUGGAGUAAAUCAGUCGUUGUCAAGAAGUCAAUGAGAGAGUCAGGAUUAAAGGAGGGUCCAUCAGCAAGAAGGGAAGGUAAAGAAAGAGUAGGAGAACAAAGACGACGUUGGAGGUAAAUUCUGCGUGCUCAUUGAUAGAGAGGGCAGUCUAACAGAAUGUGGCUAAUCGAUACUGGAACUUGACACUGCUCACAGAGAGGAAUAGGGUGCCUCUCCAUGAGUGUGGCCAAUGCGAAGGCGGGAGAGAGUAGUCUCCCAACCUCGGCACUGGUGACAAGACGACGACCAGUAACCUAUACUCGGUUUAAUAGAUUGAAGUUUGUUACCGAGGAGAGUAGACCAAUGUUGUUGCCAAAGGGUGUGAAGGUGGGUAGCUAUUGCAGCAAAUAGUCCGUAAAUGGAACACCUCUAUAUGAAACUGGCAGGUCAUGUACUGCUGACCGCGCAACAGUGUCUGCCUGUUCAUUGCCCUGUACGUCAACAUGACCAGGGACCCAACAAAAAACAAUAUCUUUGUUUGGUAGAGAUGCGGCAUAGCCAAAGUUGGAUAUGGAGGACUAAGGGGUGAGGUGUAUCAAAUUUCUGUAUAGCCUGUAAAGCACUAAGGGAGUCUGAGACAACCACAAAUGACGACACAGGCAUAGAUGCAAUACGGAUAAGUGCUGCAAGAAUGGCAUACAAUUCAGCAGUAAAGAUACUAGCCGAAGAUAGUAAAUGCCCUUGUAUGACGCUGUCCAGAAACACUGCUGCGAAUCCUACGCCGUCAGAAGACUUAGAGCCAUCUGUGCACACUGCAAUGGCAGGGGAAGUGCUAAGUUUUUAGGAGUUAUACAGUGCCUGGGUAAAGGUUAUGCAAUCGUGUUUGAUAAAAGGAAAGGGAGGAUAGAUUCAGUGUCUUGAAUAAAGAGUUCACCAAACAUCAAGGCACAAGCUUGAUAGAGAAUCUUUAAUGCAUUAAAUGUUCAUAAUUUUCAGGGUUGGUUAAUAAUUUGUAAAUAAACAUUUGGCAACAAAAAUUUAGUCAGAAAUAAGUCCUGGAGGUAGGAAGAAUAGUGCCUGCACUCCCCUGAAAGACAGGUGGGAUGUUGACGUUUAUGGGUUCAUUUAAAUCGUGGGAAAGAUUGUGCACCACUGACAAGAAAGCAAUCUAAUGUUUCUUGGGUGUUUGGUCACCUUAUCUUGGGGGGAAAUUGGUGAUAAAAACUGUACUGCAUUAGAUUGACCACUGCUGAAACCAUUGCUGCUGCCACUGAAGUUACUGUUCCUGCUGCUGAAGUCAUCACUGGUGCUCUUGCAAUAUAGUCCUCCUUUGAAGGGGGGGGGGGAUGCCUUGACACUGGGUUCUUGGUCCAAAUUAUUAUUAUUAUAAUCAAAAAGAAGUGCUAAGCCACAAGGGCUAUCUUGGUCCAAAGAACCUGAGCUACCCCUCCUCUUCCAUAGACCAAACCUGCUUUGAAAUUGUACUCCUGCGCUGCGCUGGACAACCCUUGUAGGUUUAGCGCUUCUUUUUUUAUAAUAUAAUAAUUAUACUCCUGUAAAUCACCAAGCCCAUAAGGAUCAUUCAGUACUACACUCCUCACUUUGGCCUCUGCCCACAUGGAGUUGUACAACACCUUGGAAUAAGUUAAGAACUGAUCCAAUUCUUUGAAUUAAAACUCCUUCACCAACACUAAGUUGUCCAAAUGGCACAUACAUACAAACAAGAUAAUUUCACCACAUCACAGCCAUAUUGAUCUUUACUAAGGUUCCCCUCAAGGAAGGUUCCUUGAUGCUGGUGAGGGGCUCUUGAUCUAGGGAAUUGGAUCUGUGCUUCAGUUCCCUGAAUUAAACCUGAAUACCUUCCACAUCCCCCCCACAGGCGCUGUAUAAUUCUACAGGUUUAGCGCUUCCCCCCUUGAUUAUAAUAAUUUACUAAGGUUGUCUUCUCUAUGAAAGCUACAACCCUAAUUGUUCACAGAAACAUCACUGUUUUGUUUACUGUUUGUAAUAACUAACACUUAAAAGGUAAAGAUUUUUCUCCAUAUUUAUUCAAUUACACCUAUGACAACUGCCCAAUUGUCAAAGUAAUAAAGAUUUGAAUUGCAAGUGUAUCAUCCAACGAGUUACACAUACAGUAGUUUAGAUAAUCUAAUUAUUCCAUUAAUCUAGUUACUCCAUUAAUGUUUAAUCCAUGCAAUAGGUGGUCAAGUCCAAUUCCUUAGAUUAGGAGCCCAUCAUCAUAAUAUACUUACCUUAUAGGGUAAAAACAAAAAAUAAGUAUGAUUAAUUUGAUAACCUAAGCUAUGCAUAACUCGGAUGAUACACAUUUCAGGGCGAAUACUAUUUGUUUUUACUUUGAUAACUAGACAGUUUUAGCCAAGAGUUAAUACUAAGGAUUUAGCCCAAAUUUCAAUUUAAAAAACAUGGGAAGAAAAUGAAAAUACUCAAGUAUUAUUAUUAAUUAUUCUCAUAAUCACAAUAAUUGUGCCAAGCUUGCAGUGGUUUGUAAAGCACUACAAUAUACCGAGUUUACAAAAAAAGGGGAGGGAUGGAUGUUGGAAAAUACAUUGUGUGCACAGGUAUUCUUUUUUAAAAAUCUCUGAAACAAAUAUAGCUACAUGUCAAUCAUACACUUCCUUUCAAUAGUUUGAAUUCUACAAAUACCUAUACAUAUGACUGCCAAAAGUUUGGGGAGGAAACCAUGGCUCAUUCCUGGCCAAAAAUUUAGCAGAAAUCACUUUGAAUUACAUGUGAUUACAUUCAAAUUAUAAAAUACUGAUGAACAUAACUAAAAUCUUAACUGCAGUCUAUUAAGAAUACCACACAUAAUACUACAAAUGAAAAAAGGAGACAUCUGAAAAGAAAGACAUUAGCAGCCAAUCAUUCUAGCAAUACUCUGUUUAGAACUAUAGUAUUAUGUAAUACAAUCCCUCUACAAUUAUAUAAAACAGAAAUUAAAAGUGAUUUUUUUUUUUUUUUUUUUUAGUAAAAUUUACAUGACACUUGGGUGAAUGUUCAUAUCUACAAAUGACCAUAAGAAUUCAAGGAUCUCAUUUGCAUUGCGCAUAACAUCUAUUUU